AUUAUACAUCGAGACGUGAAAUUGAAUAACUUCCUCUACGACAGAAGGAAUAAGAAGUACUUGCUUGUGGACUUUGGGCUGGCAGAGAAACAAAUGCAGAACUCAGGGGUCAAAUUCGAACGUCCAGUCAAACGCGCGGGAACUCGGGGAUACCGAGCGCCCGAAGUGCUCAUGGGCAUGCAGUGCCAGACCACAGCAGUGGACGUGUGGGCUGCUGGGGUAGUACUGCUUACCCUGCUG